UCGUAGCAGCCUGUGCAUCUACGCGCCUGGAAGACGAAGCUCCAGCUGGAACAUCCAGGCAUGUAAUCUGAAUCGGUCUAUAUUUGCAUUUUGCUUGUAAUUCAAAAUCUAGUGAUCGCUGAACUAGUUGGUUCUCAAAGGGUUGGUUACAGAAGCUGCUCCUGUGGUAGCCUUGCAUGGUCCACUGCAUCUUAAGGUCCUGCUGCUGUGACUAAAUUGUGGAGCUACAAACAGCGGUUGCCUCUGUGCGUUUUUUCAGCUGACAUCAUCAUAUUUCACCUAGUGACUGAAUUACCCCCAUAACAAAGAAUGGAGGGGGCCGUGGUGAACAACCUCAUAGACUUUGACUCACCCCCAGAAGGGACAGAUCCCUCUGUUCUUGGACCUCCCAGUGAGGCAGGCUUUUUCUCAUCCGAGCCUCUCUUACCUGAGCCUGCGAGCCACGCCACCAUGGAGCCCCUUCUACCAGAGCCAAUGGCCCCCACACACACUUCCCACAGAGAAGAUGAUAGUGAUGCCACCGAAUCUGCCGACAGCGACAACGAUGACACAGGAUCGCCAUCGCACCCGUCGAGCACACGGCGGUCCUCGUCCUGCUCCAGUCACAGCGCCGAGGACGCAGAAGAAACGGAGAUAAGAGCAUUCAUGAAAGCCUACGUGGCAAAGCUCUUCCAUGGAAGGGAGGACUUUGAUCAGGAGGAGAAAGCUCACUUUGGAGAGCUGUGCACUGGAGAGAACGGCAAAGGCAGGGAGUGGUUUGCCAAAUAUGUCAGUGCGCAGCGCUGUCACUCCAAAUGUGUAAGUGAACAAACAUUCUACAGGCUGGUUCAGUCCUUCGCUGUUGUUUUAUUUGAAUGUCACCAGGUGGAUGACUAUGCCCCAGCCAAACACCUCAUGACCAUGUGCUUCACAUAUUACUACAAGGGUAAGUCCCAGCUGUCUCCUGCAGAGCUGCUGGAGAGGCCCAGCGGGGGGAUCGACUCGUAUCUGCGCAGUGGAAAGGUCUGGCUCUCUGGGAAGAAGGAUAUCGCAGAGCGACUGCUCAAAAACACCUCAGCUAAAACCGAUGUUAAAGGAUUCUUUGGGGGUCUGGAGAGUAAACUGAGAGGACCUUUGGGCCGAAAGAAUGAAGACACAGACAAACCUGCUGAACAGAAAACCAAGACUCCAGUUUCUCCCCCACUCUCCCCGGAUAGAAAAGAAGAGGAGAAAAUUUACCUGUACACACACCUGAAACAGCAGCCCAUUUGGCACACUUUGAGGUUUUGGAACGCAGCGUUUUUCGAUGCUGUCCACUGUGAGAGAAAUAAAAGAUCCCCCACCACGAGGCGGACGGCUGAGGAAGAGAAAGAUGAAAGAGAAAAGUGGUGUCAUAUGACCAAGGAAGAGAAAGACGAUAGCUCCAGAUUUAAUGAGAACAUCACCUUUGGUCAGCUGGGAACAUUCACCCAUAACAUGGUGGCUUUUGGAUUGAGCAAGAAACUCUGCAAUGACUUCCUGAAGAAACAGGCAGUCAUUGGAAAUCUGAAUGAAGAGCAAUACAAGCUGCUGUGUGACCACAUUGAGCAGAUGGCUGCAGAGUGAAUAUCCAAAUUCAUCUAAACUCUGCCAUCCACAUCAGCACAUCCAUUCAAAACUCUAAUGAUCAGUAUUCCUCAAAUGCCAACAGGUUUGCAUUCUGUUAUCACCACAAAGUUCUACCACUAUCCUUCAGUGUCCAGCGGCAGUAUAAAAAUGGUUUAAUUCUGUUCAAACUGCAACAAUGGGAAAAAAAUAUACAAAUUUGCACAUACCCUGGAAAAGCCAUAUGACUUAGAGUCUUCAGGCAUCGCAAGACACAAUAUCUGUCAUACAAAUAAAAACUCUGUAAUAUAUGUUUGACAAGAAUGCGAUGCAAUCACCAUUUCUAAUAUUCCACAUAUCUUUCCUGCUACUUUUAUGUACAAAACUAUAGUACUAAAAGCAUCCUUUGAGCAAAUACAGUGACAAAUGAUGAACAGAAAAUAGAGUCAAACAAUAUCAGUAUUUCACUAUAUCAAUAUCAAUAAGAUCAAUGUUUCAAUGUUAUUAGUCAAUAUUUUCUAUAAGUCCAUUUGCUCUCCAGAAGUCUCUACUGGUCUGUUCCUGUUAUGUUUCCAUUUAUUGCACUCUUCUGGUUUUGUGUUCUUCCUGUAUGGGUAAAUUGAGUAUGAAUAUUGUUUGUGACAUCCUCGUAAUAUAUGGAGACUGGAACUAUGUCUGUUCCCUGGUUUAAAGUGCCUUUAGUCAUAUAUAUUAAGUGGUGAUCUUCCCAUUUUAGUGCGAACAAACCUGUGUCAGCAUGCUGUUCUCCUCCCAUGACUCUCUGGGGUAGCGCUCAUAAGUUUGUGCACCCUUCCAGUAGAUGUGUUAGUGUUGAAUGGAUUAUGCUUGCGGUUCGUAUUCGAGUCAGUUAAAGAAAAGUAUCAUGCUGCAGCUGUUUCGAUGUUGUACAGUGUUGUGUCUAUAGCGCAUGGUAUGCAUGCACAUUGUUUACCGUCUACUUACACUGUUGUGCAAUUACAUUACAAGCCAGUAGAGAGCAAUCAUAAACCUCCGCUUCGACUGAAGAUCAGUGGAGGUGAUUGUCAGCCACUGAGUGGGGAGUUUGUAUUGACUCGUGUCCUCCAUCUGAGGGAAAACUGAAUUUAAUAUAUUUGGAUUGUAAAUACAGAUUGUUUGUUCACACAACGAUGAGGAAUCGGAUGCUAAAUAUGGGCUAGUUUAAAGGGAUCAUCAGAUUGUUGGGCAUUUAUUUAUUCAGUGUCUGAAUGUGUUGUUGUACAUGAACGCAUGGUUGUAUCAGGAAUGUGCUGGAUCCAAUAUGGUCUUUGCAUUUCAGAUGAUGAUGUUAAUAUUGUGCUGUCUAUGUAAAUUUAUGUUCAUAGUAAGCUCAGUGGUCCGCAUUGUAUUUUCCCAAGUGCCCUGAAUUUCCUUUUGGAAACGUACCUUGAAACCAACAAGAGUGUGAAGUGUUUAUAAUAAAAUAAAAUCAAAAUCCAAACAUAA